AAAUGUCAGAUUUACGAGGUGCCUGAUUAAAGACGAAGACCUGUCAAAAUGGCGCCAAAUGUCUUCUGAGAGCCCACGGUUUCAAAUCUCAGCAGCAUUUCCUGUAAGAAAAAUUCAAAAUGGCCGCCUUCGAGGAGCAAAAAGCGUCUUGUCUUUCGCAGGUGGAUCUUAGUAAGAAAGGAAGCAUUGAUGACCAAAUCGUGGACUUAGUACAAUACAUUAAUGCUAAAGAUGAUUAUUUUACCACAAGCUCCUGCUCUGGAAGGAUUUCAGUUUUCUCCGAGCUUGCAGAUCAGAAAAAGAAGCAUUGCGAGUGGCUUUAUGUUACCCACAGUACAGCAACAGAAGAAGAAGUUGUUAAAUCCUUGAAAGGCUGUCUUGGAAGUGCUGUGUUCAAGUUUGAACCAUUUGUUUUGCAUGUUCAGUGCAAAGACCUUGUCGCUGGACAACAAAUGCUUAAAGUGGCCCUCACAUCUGGUUUCAAAAAUUCUGGAAUUGUCAUUGGCAAGAAGGCCAAUGUGAUAGUGGCAGUAAGAAGUACGCAAAGUUUGGAAGUGCCACUUGCUCAUAAGGGAGAACUUAUGGUCUCUUACAAGUAUAUUGAGUUCCUGGUGAAUGCUGCCAACAAGAAACUUGAGGAAAAUCAAACAAGGAUAAACAGAUUUUUUGAAAAUCUGAGGCAGUUGUUGAGUGAAUGUGAUGAUACAUGUAGUAACUGCACUCUUCAGAAAACAGGGAGGACACCAAAAAUAAAGGGUACUAAGCAGAAUGAAUUGGCACUGGUGCAUGUAACCUCUCAGCAAUCAAAUUUAGAUACUCCAGAGCAGUCCGACGAUGAUGAUGCACUGGAUUGCUUAGUGUCCUUUUAUGGAGGAGUGUCCUGAACAGGCGUAUGGGGUAACUUUAUGAAGGUUGAAGUCGGAAUGACAAUGGGCAAAGCCUCUCGAGUUCUUUUACAGACAUCUUCAAACAGAUGAGGGUGUGCACAUCAGACACUAUCAAGACAACUGACACUGCCAGACACGCCAGUGACAUGCCACAGUCACAAAAUGCAAAGGACUGAAAACUAUCACUUGCAACUUGCAUGACCUUGUGCAAGAGUUGCUUGGCAAAACAGUUCUUCAGUAACUUCUUG